AUGCACUCCCUAAAAUUGCAACUAAACCGUGGAUACCGUAAUCACAUGUCCCCAAAUUGAAGUUCAUAGUCUGAAACCCUAGCGCUGUGUUCCGUUCUACUGCUACUGUACACGAUUCCUACACUUUCUGUGUUGCUACACCCUGCUGAGAGUUGAGAGCAUUGACACACGGUGGAAUCGGUGGCAAUAAUGGAAGAAGACGAUGAUUACGUUGAGUACGUUCCUGUGGCGAAGCGUCGAGCUAUGGAGGCUCAGAAGAUUCUCCAACGCAAAGGGAAGGCCUCCGCUGCCAUUGACGAUGAUUUAGAGAAGUUAAGAGUCGCCGAAACCAAGCCCAGUCUUCUGGUCAAGGCAUCGCAGAUGAAACGAGAACAACCCGAGAUCAGCGUCACAGAACAGAUCAUUCAACAAGAGAAGGAGAUGAUUGAGAAUUUGUCUGACAGAAAAACCCUAAUGUCCGUUCGUGAAUUAGCCAAGGGUAUCACGUACACUGAACCCUUGCUCACUGGUUGGAAACCGCCUUUGCACGUGCGAAGGAUGUCGAAGAAGGAAUGCGAUUUGAUUCGGAAGCAGUGGCAUAUAAUUGUUGAUGGUGACGAUAUUCCUCCCCCAAUUAAGAAUUUUAAGGAUAUGAGGUUUCCUGAACCUGUUUUGAAGAAAUUGAAAGCUAAGGGGAUUGUGCAACCAACGCCCAUUCAGGUUCAAGGGCUUCCUGUUAUAUUAUCAGGGAGGGAUAUGAUUGGAAUUGCAUUCACUGGGUCUGGAAAAACCCUGGUUUUUGUGUUGCCAAUGAUCAUGGUGGCAAUGCAAGAGGAGAUCAUGAUGCCUAUUGUUCCCGGAGAAGGUCCAUUUGGUUUGAUUGUUUGUCCAUCGAGGGAACUCGCGAGGCAGACUUAUGAAGUGGUGGAGCAGUUCUUGAUACCUUUGAGGGAAGCUGGAUAUCCAGAGCUUAGGCCUUUGCUUUGUAUUGGUGGAGUUGAUAUGAGGUCACAGCUCGAGAUUGUGAAGAAGGGUGUUCAUAUUGUUGUUGCCACUCCCGGGAGGUUGAAGGAUAUGCUGGCCAAGAAGAAGAUGAAUCUUGAUAACUGUAGGUAUUUGACGUUGGACGAGGCCGAUCGUUUGGUGGAUUUGGGAUUUGAAGAUGACAUAAGGGAAGUUUUUGAUCACUUCAAGGCUCAAAGGCAGACUCUCUUGUUUUCUGCCACUAUGCCUACCAAAAUUCAGAACUUUGCUAGGAGUGCUUUGGUGAAACCUAUUAUUGUCAAUGUGGGUCGUGCGGGUGCUGCCAAUCUUGAUGUGAUUCAGGAGGUUGAGUAUGUUAAGCAAGAGGCGAAGAUAGUUUAUCUUCUUGAGUGCCUGCAAAAAACCCCACCUCCCGUUCUGAUAUUCUGUGAGAACAAGGCUGAUGUCGAUGACAUCCAUGAAUACCUUCUAUUGAAAGGAGUCGAAGCAGUGGCCAUUCACGGAGGCAAGGAUCAGGAAGAGAGGGAGUACGCAAUUGCGGCUUUUAAGGCUGGAAAGAAAGAUGUGUUGGUAGCUACAGAUGUUGCAUCCAAAGGUUUGGAUUUUCCCGAUAUUCAGCAUGUAAUUAACUACGACAUGCCUGCGGAAAUUGAAAAUUAUGUCCAUAGGAUUGGACGGACUGGAAGAUGUGGCAAGACAGGUAUAGCCACAACAUUUAUUAACAAGAAUCAAAGUGAGACAACUCUACUUGAUUUGAAACACCUCUUGCAAGAAGCGAAACAAAGAAUUCCCCCAGUUUUGGCCGAGCUGAACGAUCCAAUGGAAGAUAAUGAUGAAAUCACAGAUAUAAGUGGGGUCAAGGGAUGUGCAUAUUGUGGUGGCCUUGGUCAUCGCAUCCGUGAUUGUCCCAAAUUAGAGCAUCAGAAGAGUAUGGCAAUUGCAAAUAAUAGAAAGGAUUAUUUUGGAUCUGGAGGUUACAGAGGGGAAAUUUGAAAGGCACAGAUCCCCUGCGUACCAAUUUUUCUUUGGGCGCUACUGGGUUAUGUAUUAUAUCUGCAACUUUUGAUCUCUGCAUGUGAAACCUGACAACUUCAUUAUAUUCGAAAUAGUGCUUUAGAUAUGUAUCAGAUUUUCUUUAAACUUGACUGGAUUAUGUAUUAUAUCUGCCACUUCUUUUUUUGUUCCUUAAUAUCUAAUGAAUUUUAUUGUAUUUUCACCUGUGCUUUUGAUAUAGUUGAAUUAUAGUAUAGUUUUGACUGGACUGUAGAUUGAUUUUCACCUUUUAAUGCAGUCGUAUGAUUCAUGUUAGAGUAGCAUGGUCAGGUGAUUUGUCAGGAGUUGAUGCCUUCUGCUCUGAUAAUUGUUUUUAUCUUUUCCUAGAAUUUGUUAUAAUCUUAUUAUUGGACAUUGUCACCUCGCAAUAGUGCAAAUCCAAAUUCAUUUCCAAUGAACUAAUGGUAUAAUAUGCUUUAGAUUAAGGGGCCCAUUUGGAUCCUGCCCCGAAGAGCUAAUUGGAGCUUACGUCUCGAUUAAGAACUUUUACUUCAAAGUGGUGUUUGGGUAGGCUUCCUGUACCAGCAUUGAGUCAAUGCCAUUGAGGCAUCUGUUUUGAAUUUAUAUUUGUUUACUGUUGUUGUUCCUAGGGAAAAUGGAUGAAAGAAUAACAAAAUGUUAGAACUUUUUCAUUCCAGAAUCAAGACUAAAAAAAAUUGUUUUGAAGUGAUUUAGUGAUUUUCUUUUUAAAUUUUGAGUGUUCUUUAUGCGUAUAUAUGGAUGUGACACCAUGAAAGUGUUCCCCUGCUAAGAUGAUUCAUCCUCCUAUUAGUGUUUUUUAUCUUGGUCAUCUGGAUUCCUAGUGAUGUGAAUAUGCAAAAUCCUGCAGAAAGCAUUCUGGGAUAGUAGAUAUAUCAUAGGAAGAUAAAGUUAGGCUAUAUAGUAUAUAAUAUACGUAUUGAUAUCAUCUGAAGGGGUUCUUCCUUGUAACUAGUCUCUGGGGAAUUAAAUUUUAAGAUGUUGUUCAUCAGCAUAGUAGGUAUCGGUGCUAUUAUGAAAUUGGUCAUGAGGUCCUGUCCAGCCUUUGCUGUAAAUGGUGAGAAUGAGUGAUUUGUGAUGCUCUCUUUGUACUUCUAGUCUUGAAUAAGUCUUAAGAAUUGGAAUGUAAGCUUUAUGAGUUCCAAGCUUAAUGGGUCUGAACUUCAUGGACUGAUUGUAAUAAUAGUAUAAAAUAUAAAGAUAAUUUUUCAAGUUUCUUUUUGUAGACAAUUUUGUGGUAUCUGUGAUCUGAAUUUGUCUUUCUUGAUAUGGAUUCACUUUUAUGGCAAAGUACUUUCAUUAAAUUGCCCUGUAAGUCUUAUAUUCUAUCUGUUUUGAGCUCUAAGUUCUUAUAUUAUUUUCUUUUCCUUGUGAUAAUGCCCACCAAUGAUAAACUUUAGGCUGAAACAUUGAUGUCUCCAGUUUCAUGGUAAAAUCCUCUAUUUUUUAAAAUAUUGUUGCUGCUAUGUGUAGGCCUUGUUUCAUAUGAUAUGAUUGGUUGUGACAGGCUCUUUCUAAUAUAUAUAGUUGGAUAUUGAUGAGAUUGCUAAGUAAGAAUAUUUUCACCACUUUUCCCCUCUUUUUUUUUUGGCUUAGCUCUAUACUUCUUUCAUUUGCUAAUUUUCCAUCUAUUGAUAAAUCCCGCAUUGUCUGAACAGUCUAGCCUUCAAAUUGGAUGGAAAAAUAAAAUAUGCUCAGAUUGAAAAUUUACAGUUUCAAAAGGGAUCAA